GCAGGCCACACCUCCAUGUCUUGGGGCGGCAUUGGCUGGGGUGGGAUUAGAAGUCACUGUUGGGCUUUCUGUGACCUCCAGCCCCUCUGCUGCCAGGUGACUUCAGCUUUGCAGGAGGACCUCUGGUACCCAGCACUUGGGUCAGCACAGAGAAGUCCAUUGGGGUAUCUGUCUCCUAAGGAGCUGCCCCCAACCUCUGGUCAAUCAUUUUGUUCUUUCUUUCUUUCCCUAGACCUUUAUGCAGCAUUUGACAUCAUAUGCGAUCACGUGGGGAAGGACUGGAGAAGACUGGCUCGUCAGCUGAAAGUGUCUGACAACAAGAUCGAUGCCAUCGAGGUGAAGUAUCCCCGGAACCUGACAGAGCAGGUGAGGGAGUCGCUGAGAGUCUGGAAGAGCACCGCACGGGAGCGAGCAGCCGUGCCCCACCUUGUGGAGGCGCUCAGGGCCUGCCGGCUCAACCUGGUGGCAGACCUCAUCGAGGAGCACCAGCAGGCCCGGGACCUCCAGCGCGAGAACGAGAGCGGAAGCAGCACUGUGUCCCUCAUGUCAUGGGACGUGGACGCACCCAGCACGAGAGCCUCCUCCUGACCCCACUGCUCUUCUCCAGGGACCCCUCCACCGGGCUUGACCAGGGCUUCCGUGCGCCUGCGCUGUGAAGACCUCACAGUGAGCCAGGACAAGGGGCCCCAGCGCUCACUCGCACAGCCACAGGCAUCUCGGCCAAAGCACUGACUUGGCAC